AUGAUCGAAAGCGAGAGAUUACAUUUCAUAAGGAGCAAACAACAAAUUCUUAGAUGUGAGUCUUAUGAGAAUUUACGUAAUCAACAAGACCUCGGGAAUAAAGAUAUAUCCAACGUCGGACAACGUGUUAUCUUACCUUCUUCAUUCACUGGCGGUGCACGUUAUAUGAUGCAAAACUACCUUGACGCCAUGUCCUUAUGUAAAUGGUUUGGAUAUCCUAAUUUCUUCAUAACCUUUACAUGUAAUCCAAAAUUGCCUGAAGUUAAAAGGUUUCUUCAUAACACUUCACUGCAUCCAGAAGAUAGACAUGAUAUCUUAUGUAGGUUAUUCAAAAUAAAGCUUGAUGCUUUUAUUAAAGACAUACGGGAAAAUAAAAUUUUCGGCAUCGUUCAAGCAGUGGUCUAUACAAUGGAAUUUCAAAAAAGAGGUUUGCCACAUAGUCAUAUUUGUCUAUUUAUGCAUGCUGACUCCAAGCGGCCUGCUGUUGAAUAUAUUGAUCCGAUUAUUUCCGCUGAGAUUCCAAAUAUCAAUGAAGAUCCAGAGUUGUAUUCACUUGUAAGUGAAUUCAUGAUACAUGGUCCUUGUGGAGCUGAAAAUAUGAAUUGCCCAUGCAUGGUUGACAAGCAAUGUUCGAAAAAAUUUCCAAAGCAAUUCUAUAAUCAUUCUUCAGUUGAUGUCAAUGGUUAUCCCUUAUAUAUGAGAAGAAACAAUGGAUAUUUUGUCGAAAAAUCAGGUGUUAAGUUAGACAACAGAAAUGUUGUUCCAUACAACAAAUAUAUGUUGAAAAGAUAUUAG